CAGAGCAGAAUGACUAGUCUACAUCAUACUAUUCUCACAGUGUUGUCUACAAUCGUCACCUGGGAACUAUACGACUCCCUGUACUAGUACAUACAUGAAUCACGCCCCGCUGAUUCUGCGUCUGCCUCACUGCUCAACACAGGAGGAGAAACCUACAUAACCACGCCCAUUUAUAUUCACUGGUAUUUCUGCCGCUCUGACCUCUUACCCCCCCCCCUGUUGCACGACUUGUGCUUAUCCACUACCGGUACUUAUCGUCUCGGGGGCCGGUACGGUGCGCUAUCGGUGGCGGCCAACAACUCAUCACUUCGUUGGGGUGGUCUUGGGUUUUCCCCAUUUUCCCCUUGAGAUACCAUCCGUGUCUGAAUUCCGGCAGCUUCAAGCUCAUUAACUCUAACAUAGCUAGCCGGAUAGCACAAACCACCCUUCCUCAACAGCGAUGACCACUAGAUAUCGUGUGGAAUAUGCUCUUAAGGCUCAUCGCCGUGAUGCCCUCAUCGAAUUUAUUAAAGGCCUAUUGGCAGUGCCCUUUGUUCUGCACUCCCAGCCCACUACCGUAGCCGGAGAUGCUUCAUUCCGGGUCAUGGCAGUCGAAGCUGGCCGUCGCUACCGUGAAAUCAUGAAAGAUGUUGAGGAGCUUAUUAAUGACCAUAUUACCUAUCAAAGAGCUGGUACCCCCGAGCGAUCGAAACUUCGGUUUCUUGUGCCUUCUGUGGGAACUUUCUUCACACCUCUGCUUCUCGAAAAGGCCUUUGUAGCACAAGAUGCUCGCAGAUCUAUAUCAAAUCGCCGCUUCGUUGCCCCUUCAUUCAAUGAUAUACGGUUGAUUCUUAAUACCGCUCAAAUCAUGUCUUUGACAACCUUGGAUGGGCCUUUGAAGCUUGUUACUUUUGAUGGUGAUGUUACUCUCUAUGAUGACGGUCAAUGCCUCGUUCCUACGAACCCAGUCAUACCACGGAUACUUCAGUUGAUGCAGAGGGGACUCUACAUCGGCAUUGUGACGGCAGCUGGAUAUACCGAUAGUGUGAAGUAUAUGGAACGUCUCCACGGCCUUCUAGAUGCCAUCAAGUUUUCGAAAGAUUUGACAGAAGGUCAAAAGAGCAACCUCAUUAUUCUUGGUGGGGAGAGCUCCUACUUGUAUAAAUCUUGUCCCACGUCCCCAACACUCCUUGUUGCCGAGCCACGGGAGAAUUGGGAGCUGGACGAGAUGCGCACUUGGUCAGAAACAGAUAUUCAACGCCUCCUUGAUAUUGCAGAGACCGCCCUCAGGGAAUCCAUAUCUACUAUGAAGCUGGAGGCUAUCGUCCUCCGAAAGGAGAGAGCUGUCGGGAUUAUACCUGCUAUUCCGGACGUUAAGUUUGAGCGAGAGCAACUGGAAGAAGCGGUGCUUGCUGCGCAAAAGACCUUGGAGCUCAGUGAUAUCGGACGCAGGCUUCCGUUUUGCGCAUUCAAUGGUGGGAACGAUGUAUUUGUUGAUAUUGGGGACAAAAGACUUGGUGUUCGGUGCUGUCAGAGAUUUUUUGGGAAUAUUAGUGGCAGUCAAACUUUGCACAUUGGCGACCAGUUCUUAUCGGCCGGACACAAUGACUUUAAGGCACGCAUGGCCGGAACGACUGUAUGGGUUGCGAGUCCAGCAGAGACAGUCAGUAGUCUCGACGAGCUAUGGGACCUCCUCGAGCACGGUAUGCCUAAAGGAUACGACCACGACGAGUGAUAAAUUCGUGUCGUACCUUUGCAUUUUAUGGCGAAGGUUAUUUUUUUAUGCUGCAUGUUGGAAAAUAGGAUAUCCGGCGUUUUAUUUGUCUGGUUUCUGCUUUUGUUUUCCGCAGCCUAUGUGGGUGCAUUCUGGGAGCGAGGGAUGGGCGAAUACCGACUGGGAUUGGUUUAGUUUAGGGUAAUCAGCUGUAUGCCAUACAGCCAGGCACCAUCGCAAUCCAGACGAGUUUUGAGGCUUCAGGCCACCCCCUCUGUAA